AUCUCCAUACCAAAAAUGAAAAUCGAAACCGAUUUCAAACUGAAAGAAGCACUACUAGCAAUGGGUGUUACCGAAAUGUUCUCCAAAAAGGCCGACCUUACUGGCAUCACAAGCGCGCCUCCACUGAGAGUGUCGGAUGCAGCACACAAAGCUAUCAUAGAGGUGGACGAAGAAGGAACGACGGCGGCUGCCGCGACGGCUUUCAAAAUCGUACCGGAAUCAGCUGUAGCGGAUGAGUCUAUAAAGUUUAUCGCCAACCAUCCUUUUAUAUUCAUACUAACAAAAAACAAGCAUCCCUUGUUUAUGGGACAGUUUGUAUAAAGAAUGCAGUUAAAUUUUUUGUAGUACUUGAAGUUAUAUAAACCUAUUGAG